AUGCAUCCCGUGCCACCGUCUAGGCCACAGCCCUGGCAACAGCCCAGAACACACGCCGACGUCGACAGCAACUCGAAGACUACGCGGGAAGCCGAUUUCAACUUUCGAUUUGGCACUCGACGAGUUGCGGCGCGCGGGAAGGUGUGCGGCCACCACCCCAAUGUGGUGUUUUUGCGCGUGCUGCCAAGCACGCUCGGCCGACUUUCCGAUUGUCUAUCCCGCUUCCUCCCUGCGACGUGGAAAGACCGCUUCGAAGCACGAUGGCCCGAAUGGUUCCUGCCCGACCGUAUUAUUUUAAAAAGAGAAAAGCCUGGUUGGAAGGAAGAAUUUGACAAUGAGGUGGGAAUGUACAAGCUGUUGGCCCCUUUGGGCGGACAUGUUGUGCCCAAGCUUUACGGCCAGAUUGAGUACCCAAGCACGGACAAAGUCAAAAGGCGCGCACUUAUUAUAUCGGAUAUCGGCGGGAUCCCAUUAGGCGAGCCCGAAGUUGGCUCGCUUCCCCUCGGUCGCGUUGAAGAGAUGCUGAAUGAUGCGUUCCGGGCAGUUGCUGACGCCGGGGUCGAUCAUUGCGACGCAAAGCUGGACAAUAUACAUGUGGUGGACGACAGGAUUAUGCUUAUCGAUUUUGAUACGUCGGAGCCGGUAACAGAGGACGUGGAUCCAGAGUAUUGCGCAUAUACUGCCGUCAAUCACGUUCUGAGGCAGUACAUAAGCCAGAUCCUCCAAGAGGCCCCAACCAACCCUGCCCAUGUUACGGGCUAUACAUCGGGGACAGGCAGGGACUGGGCCACCCGAUACCCUCCUAUCACCGGUACCAGAUUGUCUGUGCACACUCGCAACGUUUUGGGGACAGAUGGUAAGGAAGCAACCGUCGCCGGAUGGGAAGCCAUGGUCCCGCGCUUCAGCGACGACCAGUUGAGGUUGAACACGCUUGCUCAAAGGCCCAACCGGCGGCCUUACCGCCUCGGCACCGGGUCUGACAUGGCUCUCUGGUUCCACACUGAGGUUUCAAACGUCGUUCUGGCCGCUUGGAACGGCACCCCUGCGGUUUUGCAAACUUCCGAAGCCAAGGCGUGGACUGAGCAGCCCUGUAUGGAAAUCGCCGAUGUUACAUAUUCGCCGGUGGGUGGGGAUAGGCCUCCGCUCGUUAUCGGCGAAUACGCGCACAAGUACAAGUGCCCCCAAAUCUUCUGCUUCGACGGCGAGACCCUGCUGCUGCAGUUCCGCGCCAAUAUACCCGACCAGAUCCAGCGGGAGGAUUGCCGGGUCGACUGCUGGGUUAUCCCGCGGGAGAACGCGGCGGGCGGUUGUACGCUGCGCCAGAGUCUCCAUAACCUGCUCGUCCAGGGGUUCCGCCGCUGCCAGGGCUAUGCCGCGGCCCCGAACCUGUCUGUCGACCGCUACACGCCGCAGUACCGCGAGUUUUUCUCGGGCCGGCCCGUCUUCGCCCACGACAACGGAGCGCUCAGGUAUGAGCACCCCCAGAACGGGCCCAUUUGGAGGUGA